GAGAGACAGUCGAGGAGAUCACAGACGCGCGCACAGCCAGGGAAUGGGGAGGUGAAAUCACAACUCGCACACAAACAAAGCCACGUUACUGCUGCAAGGAGCGGCUGGCGGAUGGACGUGCGGGUGCCGUACCGGGGAGCCCGGGCAGUGACUGAGGAGGCGCUGGCCCGUGUGUGAAGGAAUUAUCUGCCGCAGAGGAGACGCGGAUCCAGAUCUUCCAGGCGCCGCUGUAUGGGAACACAGGAUGAUCGGUGACAUGCGGUAACGGAUCAGCAGAGACCUGUAGCCCCCAACACCUCAAUGACCCUAAGAUCGCCCGACAGCGCUGACAGCACCGGUACCAUAGACAACGGAACCGCCAACCGGGACACUCAGGGAAACGCCAAGGACGAGCACAUCGCCAUGUCCCUGGGAGAGCUCCGCAGGUCAGGUUGGUACUGGGGCCAUAUGACAGUCAACGAGGCCAAAGAAAAACUGCAGGAUGCUCCUGAAGGCACUUUUCUGGUUAGAGACAGUUCACAUACAGAUUACCUCUUGACUAUCUCUGUGAAGACCUCAGCAGGACCAACAAACCUGCGAAUUGAAUAUAGGGAGGGGAAGUUCAGGUUGGACUCUGUUGUAUGUGUACGCUCCAGACUAAAGCAAUUUGAUAGCGUCGUCCAUCUUAUUGAGUAUUAUGUUCUAUUGUCCAAGAACAAGAAAAUCGAGACUGAUACUCUUCCGAACAGGACAGUGCACCUUUGGCUUGUUAAGCCACUUUACACAUCUACCCCAUCCUUGCAGCAUCUGUGUAGAAUGGCUGUCAACAAAUGCACAAACAAGAUCCAUGAACUCCCAUUACCCAUGAGAUUGAAGGACUACAUAACAGAAUACCGUUAUCACGUAUAGAUAUUUCUUAAUUGCCUGCACCAUGGGAAAUGAAACUUCAAGAAACUUCCAAAUCCAGACAAAUAAGUUCAAAUCUGUUCUCAAUUCCAAGAAGUUUAUAUUGCGUCAUUUCAUUUCAAAGUGAUUGUCAUAGGACUAUUCAGGUCUUAAAGAAUGGAUCAUUUUUGGUACAGUAUCUGUUUUCUCUAUACCUUACCUAAAUGAUACGUUGUGGAACAAGAAUAUGUGAUUCCUUACACUGCAGAAUGUGUUUGUCUACUUCCUUUUUUAACUGAUCUCCACCUAAAUUUAUAAAAAAAAAAAAAAAAAAACAAUGCUUGAUAAGGCAGUAAAUGGUGGAGUAAGGUGUCAUUUAAGGUGCUUAUUACUCUGAGACAUACUUUUUUUUCCCUAGGGACUUACUGGAAGACAAUCCUAUUGAAACAACUGUUAUGUGAGUUCUGUUUCUAGACGCUCUGACUGUCACAAAGCUGACUGCGGAGAAGGGCGAAAUCAGUUUGGUAGCAAACCAGGUCAUGCUCCACAUCACAUGUCCUGUCAGCCUAGAGUCAACGACAUCCCAUGCCUGAUCAAUAAACGUCAGUACUCUUCUGUCAGACCCAACACCCAACUGAAAUGAGGUUUCAAAUAUACACAAUACAGUUUAUUAGUUCAGCAAUGUUGGCCCAGCGUAAUAUGUACACAUUUGAUCUCUGUUUGCUUACCAUUAUCAGACAUAAAUGUGUGCUGUUACCACGUGCUAUAGUGGUGUCCGAUGCCUUUCUACUAAUUGCAGUAUACUGGCAACAAAUGUUGCCAGUGUUUGGCAGUCUCUUGAAUACAGAAAUGUUGGGACUGGGUCUUCUAAGCUUUCCCAGUGUUAGAAAUGCUCAUGGGGUAAGAAAUGAAGAACAUGUACCAUACUUGUAGUGAUGCAGUGUGACUUCCUAGGAAAUUAUGGAAUGACUUCCUUGUCCACCAAGGAUGCUUGAAAGCAUUUGGUUAAGUCAUUGCAUUUUUAGAUUAGGUGCACUUACACCUUGGGAAAACAAGUGCUAGCCACGCUUCUAAUAUGAGAAAAGUGUCUAUGUUGUGUGUAAGGAACACUUUCCAAUUAAUUCAUCAGUGAAGGCUAUAACUGAUUUCUCUGGAAAAUGCUCUCCUACUUCCGUGAGACCUUUUUUGUGUGGUGUUGUAUCUUGAAAAAGAUGUGGUCCAGUUUUACCCUCCUAAUGACCAAUCAUAAUGUAGCUUUUUUUUUUAUAAGAAAAGGUUGGAAAUGAAACCACUUAAAGGUGUCACCCCAUCUCACCAUUUCCACAGUGAAUGAAGCUAAGCACUGAUCCUAAGUAGCCAGGC